AUGAUUCGUUCCAUUGAAGAGGCUGACAAGCCAGCCAAGAGGGGUAAGAAGCCUGAAUCGCAGAAGGAGGGACCAAAGAAGCCUGCUAGGAGACUUAUUCUUCAAUCCUUUAGCGAUUCGGAUUUAGAAUAUGUUCCUCCUAAGCAGAAGAACGCUCCACCUUCAGAUUCUGAGAGCGAAAGUUCUGAUGAAGAGGCUUCAGACCGAGGGGACACUCCGCCUCGCUCCCCUACUCCAGAAAUUCUAGUUCGUUCUUUUCCUCCUUCACCUCCACCUGUUACCAUUCCAGUUUCUAUUCCUCCUGUCUCUCCAAUAUCCACCUCUCAACCAUUCACUAUAAUUCCCAUUCCCACUCCUAUUUUCACAGAUACAACCACUACCACUUCCACCACUAAACCUGCCUUUACCGCUCCCAAUCCACCUGUAACCGAACCUACUUUCACAAACAAACCUCCUCCUUCUUCAAAACCCUUCUCUCGUACACAAUCUACUGAAACAACCCUUAUUUUGCGCGGUGAGGACUUGGAAUUCUAUUCCACAUAUUUCAGUCCUUAUCUAGUGCAGAGCGAGGAUGAUGACGACGAGCCAAUUACCAAACGUCAUCUCAAAGCAGUAAAUGACAAGCUAGAUCAAUUGCUUUCCUCUUCUUCCUCUGGUGCCCAUUCAGAAGCUGCUUUAAAUGCAUUGUUCUCGUCGGUUGUUGCCGAACACAGUGCUACCCUAUCUGCUGCAGCCAAGGCUAUUGAAGCCUCCUCUUCCCAAUGUAAACAGGUUUCUCUCGUUGUUGAUGCCUCGACUAAGGAGUGCAAGGAAGCGACCACAAAAGUCAAUAAACUAGUUUCAGAAGCUCACUUGUUUCUAGAUUCCUUGCAGGCUGCUGCUGCCAAGAAUGCUGAAACUAUCAACACUUCAUUAGAGACUCUUCAAAAGACUCUUCGAUCUGAGUGUUCGAACCUGGAAGCGGCAUGA